UUUAACCCUCUACCUCCUCGAAUUGCGUGAUUUUGUCAACCGAUGAAAUUCAAUCUUGUCUGAUAUUCAUCCAAUUUCAAAAAUCCCGUAGCGUCGUCGGAGAUAAACUGUGUCGCCGGAGAACGAUGGAUCAUGCCGCCGAUGCUUUCCGGACGGAUUUGAUGACCAUAACACGGUUUGUGCUGAAUGAGCAGUCGAAGCAUCCGGAGUCACGUGGUGAUUUCAGCAUCUUGCUUAGUCACAUUGUUCUUGGUUGCAAGUUCGUUUGCGCCGCUGUUAAUAAGGCAGGUUUGGCAAAACUCAUUGGACUUGCUGGGGAGACCAAUGUGCAGGGAGAAGAACAGAAGAAAUUGGAUGUUCUGUCAAAUGAAGUUUUUGUCAAGGCUUUGGUCAGCAGUGGAAGAACAUGCAUACUUGUUUCUGAAGAGGAUGAAGAUGCCAUAAUUGUGGAACCGUCAAAGCGUGGAAAGUAUUGUGUUGUUUUUGAUCCUCUAGAUGGAUCUUCCAACAUUGACUGCGGUGUAUCCAUUGGAACUAUUUUUGGGAUUUACAUGAUAAAAGAUGGUGGUGAGCCAUCUUUAGAAGAUGUACUGCAGCCUGGAAAGAAUAUGCUGGCUGCUGGAUACUGCAUGUAUGGUAGUUCUUGCACGCUUGUGUUGAGCACUGGUUCUGGUGUGAAUGGAUUCACUCUUGAUCCAUCUUUAGGUGAGUUUAUACUCACCCAUCCAGACAUUAAGAUUCCAAAGAAAGGAAAGAUUUAUUCAGUUAAUGAAGGAAAUGCUAAGAACUGGGAUGGUCCCACUGCAAAGUAUGUGGAAAAAUGCAAGUUUCCCACUGAUGGUUCAUCUGCAAAAUCUUUAAGAUAUAUUGGAAGUAUGGUUGCUGAUGUUCAUCGCACCUUACUUUACGGGGGCGUCUUUUUGUACCCUGCUGAUAAGAAGAGCCCAGAUGGGAAACUAAGGGUUCUCUAUGAAGUCUUCCCUAUGUCGUUCUUGAUGGAACAAGCUGGAGGUCAGUCAUUUACUGGAAAGGAGCGGUCACUUGAUUUGGUUCCGAAGAAGAUACAUGAACGAUCUCCGAUCUUCCUUGGAAGCUAUGACGACGUGGAAGAAAUCAAGGCAUUAUAUGCUGCUGAAGGAAAGGUAUAAAAAAGGAAAGGUAUAAAAAGAGAGUUAAGCAAGGGAAAUUAGCCUCAUCUCCAUGUUGUUGUGCAGUUGCUAUUUGUGAUUUCUAUGUUCAUAAACCAUGCCAUACUACUCUCCAUAUUUGUUAUAAAAAGCUACAUUUUGUGGCCA